AUGUCCCCCUUCACCACCGUCGAACGCAGCCCUGCACUUGAUCGACCCUCGAGGGAUGAUAAGAUGAUCGAUAAGGGCUGGCGGCCCAAGCCCCACCACGACGAGCAAGCCCCUCCCUCCCCGCUGCGCCUCAUUCAUGCUCUGUCAACAUUGGGGAUAGCUCGAAAACAAGCUCGAGAAAACGAGAAAUUGCUGCCCAAAGCCUGA